AAAUGUAAAAUAAGUUUAAUUCAAAAAUAAAGUCAAAUUCCAAACAAAUCCAUCAAUUGUUGGGAUUAAUUGAAGUGACAAUUAAUUGGUAGAGAUCUUUGAAGACAUGCCGACAAUUAUAUUAUUAGACGUUUCGCUGUCGAUGUGCCGAAUGGUACCAUUGAAUGACAACAAUAAUGACAAUCAGAUGACACAAUUGAAGAGUUUGGCCAUUCAUGGCUUGAAUGCACUUCUUGAUUAUGAAUCACAAAACGCAAGACUUGAGUUCACAUCAUUGAUGGUGUUCUCGAGUUUGUGGCAAAUAUUAUCAAAGUUUACCCGAGAUUACGAUCAAUUGAAAGCCGCCCUCCACAGCAUUGAACUCUUCGACAAGACUUCAUUUGUGAACGCUUUAAGAGGCGUCAAGAAUAUGGUUCUCGAAGAAUGGGGUUCUGAAAUGGCCUGCAAUGUCAUACUUGUGACCGAUGGUAACGCCGCUAUUAACGCUCAUUUAAUGAAUUCAUCAAAUGGUAAUAAAAUUGAGGAAUCGACUGACGAGGACACCGAUGAUCCCGUAUUUCCGCUUCCUUUUCCAUUUCCAGCUAAACUUCAUAUCGUAUGUCUGACUACAAUCAAUGAUAACUCAUUUCAGAAAUCAUUGCCAUUCUUCGCCAAACUAAUUGAACUCAAUUCAAAUGAUAGUAUUAAAGAACCAUUUCUUGUAAAUCAUUUAUAUUCUGGCGGUCAGGUCUGGGUUCCCGAAGGAAAUCAAUUAUCCUAUAAAUCAGUUCAAAAUGUGUUUAACAAAUUAGCAGAAAGUAAUUAUCGGUCAUUUAAAGGUCGACUUUAUUGUGGGAUGUUGUCGUCACCCAUUUCUUUAUAUCCAUCACUUGACAGUUAUAUACAAAUACGUGAUUUCGAAACAAUCAAAGCCGAACCAUCCGAAGACAUCUCUAUUUGUGGUUUUAUGGAUAUCGCAGAAGUGUCGAGUCCUCCCGUUCACUCCAGACAUUUGGUGCUACCAUUGCAAGAAUCCAAAGAAGAGGUUAGAAAGACAGCGACAGCGAUGGUAUCAAAUCCAAAUAAUCCAUCUGAUUGCGGACCCAUUGACUUUGAGGACUUGUUGACUUCCAUGUGUGCUGAUGAAGGACGUCAGCCAUCUUUUACUGUUUUACUUCAUGGAAGUCUUAAAGUAGAGGGAAUGGUUGCUAUAUGUCAAGUGGGAACUCCUAAUUGGUACGGCAUGUUAUAUUCCUGGGCCGACAACAAGAAGAAGUCUAAUCUUAUGUUAUCGACAUUUAAAUGCGGGGCAGAAUCUAUUCCAUGGCUUACAAAUCUUAAGAGUUAUGGUUUUCCUUCAAUCAACAUUCAAAAAACUCCUCAAGAAAUCAAUGUCAUUAAUGAAAAGAAGAGUUUUAGUCAGGGAUGUGUUGUUUGGUUAAAGCAAGCAUUUCUUCAGUCGGAUAUACAAAAGAUUUUACGACACGCGAGGAAAUUACCCGAAAAGACGGCACAUUUUUAUAAGGAGUUAAAUCGUUUACGAAGAGCUGCCCUUUCAUUUGGUUUUUACGCUCUCAUUGAAGGGUUGGCCAGUAUUCUUGAGCGCGAGUGUCGUAUGUUACCGGGCACUGCACAUCCCGAAGCUGCUUUACAAUUGACUCACGCUGUUAGUUGCUUACGACAGCCCCGGGAUGCCGACUGCUAUAAUCAAUGCAUUACACCACUAGAAACUAAUUUUAAUAAAUAAAUAGUGUUUUAGUUUAAUUAUAU